UGUGACUUAGUAGGGUCUUUUCGGUCCUUUGAAUACGGAGCAGGAGGAACAACUAACCCAACAACCGCAUCUCAAACUCGACGCAUUCGAUCAAAUACAAAGCCCAGAGGUCCCAUCGGCGUAGCGGCUCCGACGAUGAAGACCCAAAAACAACAAUGGGGAGUCGAAGACUACUUUCCUGAAGAAAUCGUGGACAAAAUCCUGUUGAAGUUGCCCGUCAAAGAGGUUAUUAGAUGCAGCGCCGUGUGCAAGUUAUGGAACUCUCUCAUCAAAAACCCUACCUUCAUUCAAACCCACCUCAAGAAUCAAACCCACGACGGCGUUUCGGAGCUCCUCCUACUCAGCUCCGACCAAUCAGACGAUCUGCAUUGGGAUAACCCUGCAGCUUUAUUCGGUCAGUAUUCCAACCUCCGAAAUCCAAUUCACAACGACGACGACAGUAGCAAUUGGACCAAAGGUAUCAGUUACCAAGUGGUCGGAACUUGUAACGGACUCGUUUGCCUUUCUCUUUACUCAUUUGACCGUGACCCAUGCCCUCCUGUAAUUCUCUGGAAUCCAUCCAUUAGAAAGUUCGGGUUUUUGCCUAGUCCAAGUCUUGCCACUGAUUGCUGCCGGAAUGAAAGUUAUUAUUUCUGCUAUGAUUCUCGUAUUGAUGAUUAUAAGGUUGUGAGAAUUGUCGAGAGAAUCCAUCGCGAGGUUGAGGUCUGGUCCUUAGCCUCAGGAGGUGCUUGGAAGAGUCUUAAUAAUGUUCCUGCCGAUUUUUCCCCUUAUAGACACUGUCAUGCUUUUGUCAACGGUGCUUUUCACUGGGUUCAAAGCCGCCCGACGAAGGAGGAGGAGGAGGAGGAGUUUGCUGUUUCCGUUGUGGCAUUGGAUAUGGUUGAUGAAUCAUUUCGCAAUGUUGAGAUUCGCCAAGGUUGGAGUGGUCCACCAAUGAUUUCAAGGUACCAUGGUGAUGGGGAUCAGUGCUGGCUUGCGUUAUUUGAGUUGCAGGGAGACUCUUGUUUUGACUUGUGGGUCAUGAAAGAGUACGGUGUGGCCGAAUCAUGGACUAAAUUAUUCAAUGUGCGUCUGCUAGGAUCUCCGGAAGAAGAACUUCGGAUCGAGCCAUUUGGUUUUACAAAGAGUGGUCAGGUGGUGGUCAGAAUGGGUCGAGACGAAGAGUUCAAUUCGUUCAAGUCUUAUGACCCCGAGGACAAACAGUUUAGAGAUUUUGGAAAUCAGGCAUAUGACUACUACUUCAUGGAUUCUUUCGUGGAGAGCCUUGUCUUACUUGGCCAAACCAAUGUUUUUUCUUACUAAGGAGGGACUCAGAAUAAUCUACAACAGCAGCUUCUGUCAAUGUGGCUUGCUUUGCUUUCUGUUUGGAUGAAAAUAUGUAUCAGCCACUUGGUUUAACCAAGAGUGGUCAAGUAGCGGGUCUGAUUGGUGACGGAAGCUGAUAUUGGUUCACCUACUCUGAAAAUUUAGGGAUAUACCACUACUUCAUGGGGUUCUUGGACAGCUUAUUUUAUUUGGCCGAACAAACCUUAUUUUUUACCAAAUGGGAAUCAGAAUCAACAACAAAAGUGGCAUAUGGUGGAAUUACAGGCCAAAGUGGUCAGCAAGGAGAAACCCUGCAUCUACUUGGGCAAGCAAACUUGACUUCAGUGCAUCACAGAAAGACCAUUUAUCUCGACUCUUGAUGUGCAAAGGGGAAUCCUUCCCGUAACAUACCCAAGACCAUCUUAUUCUGUGGCAUCCAAGGAAGAAUCAUAUGCAGUCCAUGCAUGACAGAGACCUCAUCAAGGCUAAGCUUAUAUCUAUCAAGUGGCAUGCAGCUUUGCCAAAACAAGAAAUCACUUUCUUAUAUGGUUCGAAAGUGAACAUAGCUUUGUCCUUUGGCUUCAGUGAGAACGUGCCCCUUCUAAAGGUCAUUGCAUCUGAUAUUCUUCACUUUGAUCCUGGUGGAUCUUGAUUUUGUCUCCGGGUCAAUGGGUGAAUUGUCAGCUUCCGGACUUCUUCCAUAUGAUGCAAGAUGGUGCUUUCCAAUCCUGAUAAUGGUUGGGAUAGAAUCAAAGCCAUUAGUCCUCCUAUCCGAAUAGAUAUUUGAUAUUGCUGGACCAUGAACCUUUCUGGGAGGACAAUGCAUUCGUUAAACAUUUCAUAAAUUAUAAAUCCCGCAUGUCUCCUUUUGUACGUUGCAUGCCUUAUUCUUUUGAGAUUUUUGGACCAUUAUUUCCUCGUGUGCUUUGCACAAUCAAUAUGGGAUUAAGAAUCAAGAAUUGUUUUACACGAAAACAUAUCCAUGUCUUACUGUAGACUAUUCUAUUUGAUUUCUAGAGAUUUUUUUUUUUUUUGGGAAGUAAUGGGUGUCAAGUCACUAAUAAACGUAAUACUAGGUAACAACAUAUCAUGAUUUUGUGAUUGGCUUCUAUGCAGUUUUCGUUACGUCUUUUGGAUUGGUUGGGUUAUAGUUUGAGAAAGGGUGAGAGCAUUUGUCUGUUUGUGAUUAUCUGUGGAGGAAUUUUGGUUUGUGGUUUUGAAUCGAUUUCAUUUGCAGAGGGAGCAAGAUUCGUCAGUUUUGUUCUACUGGAGAAGAAGACAAAUUUGGGCUGUGCAUAUUGAAGGGGGAGAGGUUUGAAGUGGAAGCAAAGAAAAGAGACCGUUCGGGUAGGAAAAAGAACAGGAACGAUCGCUGCUAGAAUUUUGACUGAGUUUGCAAGGACAAUAGAAGAAGAGAGACAAGAAGAAGAAGCAGAAGAGAAUUUAAGCAUUGUUAACAACACCACUGGUUUCAACUCUCAGGAGAGCAUCAAGAACAUCAAGAAAAAUUUCGAUAGCGCCCUUGGGUUUGAAGAAAAGGAGAAGCUUGAAUCUGCCAAUCAAGGUCAAUACUAUCAGGAUAAAUUCUCUUUGGAGACUGAAGAUAGUUAGUGGUUAGAGUGAAGGUUCAGCUCAGUAACCGUUAAGUUAGGACGAAAGAGGCUAAAGUUCUAGACUGUGUUGUCGUCUAAGGCUGCAGUUUUGUAUAAUAGGGCAACAAGGAUGGUGAAGAGUAUGGUGGAGGCUGAGACUUGAAAGAUUUCGUAAAUUUCAUCAAUGAGAAAUGUGGGACUAGCAGAGAUGCGAAAGGACAACUUACUUCCAAAGUUAGUACCAUUUUAAACCAAUGAACGUACCUCAUCAGUUUCCUUACCAAUUGUCUUCUCUUAUGCAUGUAGGCUGGAAUAGUCUCAAGUUUGGAUGAGUUUUUACUUUGUGAACCAGCUUUUAUGAUAUGUAAAACAAUAGCAUAUUUGGCAAGCAUUGUAAUUACUACUCUUAUCGCCUAUAAAAGACACAAACCCGCAGCAUGCACGGGCGAACUUUCUAGUAUAACUCUAUGUAUAGUUAAUUAAUAAAAGUUUUAGCAAAUAUUUUAGA